AGAACGGCGCAAACUUCCCCGCUACCUGCGCUCGAGUGUUGGCGCGCACCGACCCAAGCGGCGGCGGCGUUGGGCUAUGGAUCGUCCCCAGCGCCGGAACCCUAGCAGCCGCCCUCUUAAGCCGCCGCGGCCACCAGGAGGCCUGCCCUUCCGGCCCCCGCCGGCGUCGAGGCCUGCCGCCGAGCCCUCCUCUCCAGAUGGAAGGCCAAGGAAAAAGGUUCGAUUUGCAAGUGAACCUGGCAGUCAUCACAUACAGGCAAGACAGGAUGCCAAUACAGGCAGAGCUGAGAAAACUAAGCCCCAAGGUUCCGAUGCGAAAACUUCCGAAUUCAAAUUCUUCAAGAAAAUGUGGGAACAGUCAGGCUGUAGAUCCCAUUCCUUUAGACAACCUCAUCAAAACAAUGUGCCAAGCAUAUCCAAGCAAAAAGAGGGCGAGAGAAUCGAAGCACAUAAUGCGACGUUGCAAAAGAAGUUCCCUGUCCAGAAGGUUACCUUGUGUCCUGAUCAGGCCCCUGCUACACCCUUGAAUAAUGCAUUUUCUAAUGAGCGAGUUGAAGUGCAAGCCCCACAUUCUGAACAUGACAGUCAUGAUACACCUCAGUUAAAACCAUGUGAUGGUGCCCCAGCUGCUCAUGUUUUCACACCCAUGAUUCAGACACCAUUUGAACUUGCAGGGAUUUCAAGAAAUACUGAACCUGGGAGUGGACGGAUGUUUUCAGAAAAGAGAAGAAAUUUAUUAAAGUUAGCUUCAAAAACAGCGGCAAUGGAAACUUGUGAGUUAUUGCAAAAAAGAUCGGAAUUUUUCGCUGAUAUCAUGCAAAGGUUAGGCGCCAGCAACAUAAUAAGAAAGCACCAUAAAGAGCCCAUGAGACAGAGGGGAAUGGUUCAUGGACAAACUCCUUCUGAUCCCGGGGGUCAUCCUGAUAACCUUCUUGAAUACAGGGACAACUUCAAUUCAUUAAGUAAACUGGGAUCAGGAAAAGGGUCGUCCUGUUAUGCAAGUGACGGAUCACAUCAAUUCCUAGCCUUGCCAUGGGUAGACAAUCGGGGCCUUUCAAGUUUUCUUGAUUGGGAAAACGGCUUAUCUUGCAGGGACAAUGAAGCUCAUCAGUUCAUGCCACUGCCAUCAGCAUAUAUUACAGAUGUUUCAAGUUCUGAUUGGAAAAGAGACACUGUUCGCAACCAGGUUUCCAACUUGUUGCUAGAAGAUGUCCAACCUCUCACAAAAGGCAAGUCAGCUUCAGCUAACGAAUUGGGCGGUAAUAUUCAAAGUGAGACAUAUGAUCAUCAUGGAUGGGAUCCUAUGUUGUCGGUAACAUCAGUUCCAAAGCGAUUGUCCUUCCCCUGUCAGACCAGAGGGCAGUCAGUGGUACCAUAUGCGCUAUCAAAUACUUCCUGGCAACCUGAGUUUUCCAGAUCCCUAGAGCAUUGUCCUUCUAGGUCAGUUGGAUUAGAGGGGGAGAAUUUGACUGCUGCAGGAUUGUUUGGUAAUUCUGCUGCUGAACUUCUAUCUGCAUUUGACCAACCACAUGAGAAAUGCACUUCUUCAAGAUUUUUGGACUUUAGAGAUGGAGUUCUUGAUAACAAUGGUUUUAGCGGUAUCUCCAACUUCCAUGCUAGUGAGAGCAACAGCUUUUUGUGGAAGCCAAACACAAGUUCCCUGGAUUCCAUAUGUUCAACUUCAGAUUAUCCUUUUGAGCAGGGCUCGAAGAGCUUUUGUGACUCUGCUGUCAGUAUAUCUUGUUUGGCUGGAAUGGAGACAGAGGCAGAGUUGUUUGAUAAUUCUGAUACCGGGCUUGUACAUGGGAUGGAUCUGGUACCUGUGACAUUCACUGCUUCAAGUUUUUCCAAGUAUCCUGGAAUUGUUGAUCGUCAUCAUGACCCAAAGGACCACAACAGCAUUUUGCCCGUGGGUGCAGAUGAUGCUUGUCUGGAUUCCCUAUCUCCAUAUUCAGAACAUCCUUGUAAGCAAAACUGGGAAAAUACUAGUGAUUUCUCCACAGAACUGUGGUCAUCAUCACAUCAUGCCCAGUCUCGUGAUGGCAGUUUGGGAGCUAUGUUCGGUUUCACGUCGGAUCAAAGUAUUUGCAGUGACUUUGAAGAUGACCACAGUAUGGCGCUAGUUGCAGCCAACCCCAAGAGCAGUUAUUUUGGUACAUCUGAUCGCGCGUUCUUUGAUUCUCGCUCUGCUAUGGAUAGCAUCAGGGAGACUCCCAUGUUGUCUCUUGAUUGCGUAAGGUGGUAGGUUUGCAUGCUUGUUUCUAUCUAGACUGGCCCUGAUAGCGGAUGAUGCAUUCUGCUACGUUUAGUUUUGACCUUAAUUUGGCUGUAGGUUGUUAGCUACCUCAAAAGUGUAGAAGUGAAGUUAUGACUUUUGCUGUUCACCCCAGUUUUGAAGAGGCUAGCCUUAGGGCUUUACAGGAAGUGGAUGCCUGUAAUUUUAGAUCAUUGAUCCAGUCAGAACUUGUUGAACUGAUGUAUGUUGCUGUAAACAUUGCCAGGAAAUGUAUAUAUAUAUUGCCUCCUCGGUUUGUUGUUGAA